UAGGAAGCACCGCCACAUCUCCAGCAAAUAUAAGAAACUUUAUUGAAGCUUGCCUUGUUUUAAUUUUGUUGAUGGACUGGGUGGUGAAGUGUGAUGUAGAGUGUUAUGUGGCCGCCAGUGGUGAGUGAUGAGUCACAGCAGACACACAUGAGGACAGCAGAGUCGCCGGAGCAACUUGGCUCGAAUAUUUCCUGCUUGAGCAGAGGGUUAUCUUACCAUGAAAAAAUACCCACGGUCUCAGCUAUUUAACUUUGUAAAGAAGAGUGCUGCAGUCUUAUUGGCUCUUGAAGUGGGAUUGUUUGGUGGUGUUUACUAUGUUUAUCAUCGCAUGAAUACAGACAGGGACUUCCGAUAUUACAUGAGCAACAACUACAGUUCAGGACUGGAAGUAUUUUAUAGUGUUGGUGAAUUUUUCAACAAUAAAGACCAGACAAGACAAUUUGAUCAGCAUAUUUGGUCUAAGCAGUUUCCAGCCAUUCGAGAGAAGCAGGAAGAAUCUGUAGCAAAGCAGGAGUGAAAGCUUUAGCAUAUAUUGCCAGAAUUGUAGCUUGCAAUAGCUUUUCAGAGCUUACAGAAGUGGUAGACAUGGCUGCUAUGAAGAGUAUAUUCUACUUGGGGGGCUUCACCUUUGCAGGAUAUUUUCUGAUGAAGAUGGUUGAGCAUGAGCCUGAGACACACCACAAGAACAUACCCGAAAGACAACAAAAAAACUAUGAAAAGGUACCUCAAAGCAACACUGCUGCGAUUAUGUUUGUGCUGAAGAAUGCUGCAGCAGGAGAUGACCCUGAAGUAGCUGCUAGGAAGGCUCGAGAGCUAUAUCUGGCCAAGUCUGAGAAGGAUUCGUGAGAUUUCAUAUCUCUUUAUUUGUACAGAAUUUAGUAAUUGUACUGUUGAGGAGAUUGCAUUCAGGUUAGUGUUUACAAUUAUUGAAAAUAGUAUUUUAUUGCAUAAAGAUAAGUGUUAGAACAAUGGAUCCAUCACAGUCUUCUACUUAUGCCUUCAUCUUGGAACGUAUGAAGCAGAGAACUGAUGACUUAACACAGAAAGCGGAGGAAAGACGUUCAGAGAAAAAAAGUAAUGAAGCUGUAUCUGAAAAUGCUGACUAUUUUCAUAAAACUUUCCAACUUAUGAAGAAAGAUUUGGAAAGAAAGACUGAAGAAGCAGAAAGUGUGAACAAAGUUGAUUUAAUAGCAUACUUUGAUGACUUGGUAAAGGAUUUACAACAAAUGCAACAAUUUCUCAAUGAGUCAUCAAUGUUCUUGGCUUCGUUCCAAAUUAAGAAAGCCUUAGACGAGAUGAAGGAGUUGAAUGAUCGUAUUCAAUGUGUAAUAGAGAAGCGACAGCCCAAGAAAAAGUUUGGUUUUGGGAAGAAAAAAGUUUCAGAGAAAAGUGGAAAAGCCAAAGAUGCUAAGAUAGAUACCAUUGAUGGCAGCACAUCAAGUUACAGUAAUACCUUAAAAGAGUUAAUUGAAAAACAGUUUUUUGGUUUUAAAGAUCAGGUAGAUCAGACACUGACAAUGUCUGCAAGUGAACUGGAGAACCGGCAAUUAAACCUUCAAAAUCUGCAGAACUGUAAAGUUAUUGCUCUUGGAAACCCAAGCACAUUACAGGUGGCUUCACUUAAGAACUGCACUGUGGUUGUUGGCCCAACUUCAAGAUCAGUAUUUGUUAAAGACUGUAUUAAUUGUAAGUUUGUCAUUGCUAGUCAGCAAGUUCGCAUUCAUAACACACAAGACACACAGUUUUAUCUGCAUGUCACAGGAGCAGCUAUAAUAGAAAAUUGCCAAAAUGUUCAGUUUGCCCCUUAUAACCUUAAUUACUCGGAACUAAAAGACCAUUAUUGCCAAAGUGGUUUAGAUUUUAAUACCAACCAGUGGAAUAAAAUUGAUGACUUUCAUUGGUUGAAUGAGAAUGAGAAUUCCCCGAACUGGACCAUCAUUCCUGAAGGCAAGAGGAUUGAUAACUGGUUAAAGUAAAUCAUUAAUUCACCAAAAAAGCAACAAGGCUUGAUUUUACAAAAUUUUAUGUUUUUUUAGAAAAUGCAAAUGUUUCUAACAUAUAUAUAUAUAUAUAUAUAUGCACUAUCACAAAGUAAUAUACAUUAAUCAUAAUUGCUCUAAACUGCAUUUUUAUGAUUAUUCUUGGAGUGAAAAUGAGUAUACAGUACAGUAUAUAGUUUGCAAAUAAGCACUUAAUUAGGGCAGUGCUGAGUUGGGAAUCUAUUUAGACAAGAUAAAACUUGUCCUUUCCUUCAAUAUGGAAAGUGAUGGUGAUGGCUCUUCCAUCACUCAUGUAUAUUUUGGCUUAGUCUGCACAUCAUUGCUUGAAGUGUGUAUUUUGUGAAUUGAUAACACAAUAGUUUUUAUUAACAAUGCAUUGCCUGGACUUGUUAUAAUCACACAAUAUUUGAAGCUGUGAUAUUUAUAAUGGAUAUUGGAUGUGAUUUUAAUUACUGUACUGUAUAUAAAGCCUUGGAUUCACUAAAGAGUAUUGUAUAUUAGAAUAUUAUGAAGUUGCCAGUCACAAAAAGGUCGAAGAAUGUGUAAUAACCACUGACCAACCUAAAUAUUUAGAUGCUGUAAAUGAUUGCUGAAAAAAAAUAUUUUAUUCUC